AUUUGACCAGUAUCGAAAUGUUGAAAUUUCUGCUAGCCGCUACCUUUCUUCUUAACGGAGCAUUUGGAGCAAAUAAACUUAAUUUAGUAGAAUAUUUGUCCCAGAAUCAACAGUAUUCGACACUGGUGAGUCUGGUGAAGGAGGCUGGUUUAGUUGAUACUCUAACAAACAUCCGAUUUGCCACUUUGUUUGCUCCAACAAAUGCUGCCUUCGCUAAAGUUCCAGCUUCGGUACUCGCCGAGUUAAAAAAUGACACCCAGGCGUUGACCAAUGUUCUUCUGAAUCAUCUAACAAACUUCACCAUUGUCUCUCCUGCUAUACAGAACAACGAGAGAGUUGCCAAUUUGAUCGGCGGAAAUUUAAUAUUCAACGUUGGGCCUUCAGAUAGUGUAACUGUUAAUGGUGUUGCUAUAUCUGAUACUGAUGCUAUUGUAUCUAAUGGUGUUAUACAUACAAUAGAUGGUGUUUUAUUACCAGCUGAUGGGGAUAUAUUAAACUACCUUGCUCAACAUGAUGAUGAAUUCGCCGAUUUAUUUGCAGCCAUCAUUGUAGCUAAUCUAGAAGAUGCAUUGAGAGCUGGAGUUUUUACACUCUUUGCACCAAAUGAUAAAGCUUUUGCUGGAGUCCUUCCACAGUUACCUGGAACAAAUAUACAAGAUAUAUUGAAGUAUCAUGUAGUAGUAGGUAAUAUUUAUUCAUCCGCUUUAUCUGAUGGACAGAAAGUAACAACUCUAAAUGGUAAAGACAUCACAGUCAGUAUUAAGAAUAAUGUUGUUAAAAUAAAUGGUGCUACUGUGCUUACUGCCGAUAUCAACACUAACAAUGGAGUCAUACAUGUUAUUGAUACCGUAUUAGUACCUUCAAGUUAA